AUGGCCAUUCGCCAUGACAGCUCGUUCCCUCUAGGAAAGUGUCGCGAGUGUCACACCAAUGGUGGCUGUGUCACAAUUGUGCCAUACCUGGAGCCGUCAUUCAGCAGGUACCAAGCAGGGACGUCACUUACACAGGUUUCACUGUGCGUGGGAGACGGCGCUGGAGGGCUGGCCACCUCGACGCUGGAGACUUGUACGGACGGUCUGAGGUGCAGCGCCGGCGACGAGGCGUGCACACAGCCGGAGCUGUCCGAGUGCCGCAGCGGCAGCGCCAACGGCUUCGAGUGCCGGGCCGCCGGCUACUUCCCUGACCCGUACAACUGCAGCAUCUACCAUCUCUGUCCCAACGUCGGGGACCCCAACUACGUCACUGGCACCUGCACCGGCGCCUGGGCUUACAACCCGCUAACCACCGACUGCAGCCUGGAGCGGACGGAGCGGCCCUGCUCUGAGGGCCCGGUGCCGCGCUGCCUGCGGCUGGGGCAGGCGGGCGCCCUGCCGGAGAACGCCGCCAUCCACUACGUGUGCGCGCGAGUCGGCGGCCGGCUGGUGCCGCAGCUGUACAGAUGCCCACAGGGGCUCGUCUGGGACGAAGGCCGCUACGAGUGA